UAGUAAGUUUAGUGUUGAUCAAAGCUGCAACGGUACAUUUAAAAAGAAAUCUGCAUAUCAGCGCUUGAAAUCAGUCGGAAGACGGCAUGUUGGGAAGCCGGAGAAGAGGUCGAAGGCGCAAGUAAUGGCGAGAUGUAGGAGUCAAGUAUAUGUUGAGUCAAGGCCAGGCCCUCGUUCUGGGCAAACCAACGGAUAACUGUGCACUCUGGCAGUCAGCAUACGAAUGGCCGAGUAAAACUAAGAAGUGCUGCGCCAAGGAGCCUUGAACCAAUACAGAAGGCAUCCGCAACGGUAAAUUCUGGAAGCGAUUCCGUAUUGCACACAAGUUAGUUGCGCAUAUGAAUGAAACAAUCGCGGCUUUCUGGAGCCAAACGAUGCGCUCGUGUUGACUGUGAGUGUCGGGGCCACUUUGGAGCGCUAAAAUGUUUAGGACCGCCAGAUUUGCUCUUGUGCUUUUGUGUAGUGCACUUGCAGGAGCUCAAGAUGACUCCCUCGCAGGAAGCUUUCUUUCAGGCCUUUUGGACACAAUUACAAGCACUGCCGAUGCAAAAGAUUGCCCAGGCGUAUGCGUUCAUGCUUUAGCCACAAUAAUCUGCUACGACGUCUUAGAGGACGUCGUAUGUCCAUCAUCAUCAAUGAAAUGCUGUGUGGAACCUCCCGCACCCAACUCAACUGAGAAAGCUCCACCACAAACCACAACACCCAAUCAAACAACAUCCACAACAAUCACGACAACAACAGUUGAAAAAACAACAACUAGUACAACAAUUGCACCAACAACGACCAAUACCUCAAAUCAGAUAGCCUCCGACGAUAAAAUAAAACGCAAAAACUCCAAUAGCAGCAAAGAAGAACCUGCGUCGGCCAAAGCCUGUCCCGGUGUAUGUGUAGCUGAGCGAAUAGCCGACUACUGCGAGGCGAUCCUCACAACCGAAGAUUUGUGCAAACCGAGCUUGAAGUGCUGCGUUUCGAGCGACGCUUUUGGUGACAAAAUACCACCAAACCUAAUAAUCCCCAACAAAACCAAAAGCAACUACACCAGAACCGAAGUACGGACGACCCCGAAACCAAGUACCACCACAAUGCGGACGCUCCCCUCCCAGGAAAAACACCCCGCGUUGAAGCAACCCCCAAAGCCCUGCCGCGGCGAGUGCGUCAGCGGCUUCUUCGCCCUGUUCUGCGACGACAUCGACUCCGAAGCCGAGUGCCCUGCGGAGGGAAGCUGCUGCAUCACCUCGCCCAGCGAGAAAACAAUCACCACUACGAGUCCAAGACCCACCACGCCGGACCCCGGACCCCGCUGUCCCGGCUUCUGCCUUCUGACCAUCAUGGCAGCGUUUUGCGAACGCCCGUCGGUCCUAAUCCCGCACACUUCGAAUUGUAAAAGAGGGUCCGUCUGUUGUGACAAUACACGGGCUGCAGUUACACUCGCCCGACCGAAACCACGACCGCACCAACCGCCGAUAACUACCACCACCACAACGGCCGACCCCAGGAGCGAAUGUCCUGGCUCCUGCAUUGUCUCCUAUCUGAGCUUCACCUGCUUCCGAAAUGCGGAAAUGACUGAGCUGUUCAAGUGCCGCAAGUCCGGGACGAAGUGCUGCGCCCCGAAGUCGCUGAUUAAGGAGGCUCUGGGCCAGAAAGAGGAGUCUACGCACAAGGAGAGUACGCAAGUGAGUGUGGAUCACACGACGGUGUCGGUGCCUGAGGCUUCGCAAGCUUUGGAGCCGACGAAAGUCCUAUCAACAACUGCGAAGCCCCCCAUCUACAGUAAAUACGUAUGUGGGGUUAAAGGUACGUCGCGCGCUGGUAGAGUUGUUGGUGGUGAAGACGGUGAGCAGGCUGAAUGGUGUUGGCAAGUUGCUUUAAUUAAUUCUCUCAAUCAGUAUUUAUGCGGAGCAGCGUUAAUUGGAACGCAAUGGGUUCUGACAGCUGCACACUGUGUGACAAAUAUUGUGCGGUCAGGUGACGCUAUAUAUGUGAGAGUCGGUGAUCACGACUUGACCCGGAAAUACGGCAGUCCCGGAGCGCAAACUCUAAGAGUUGCGACCACGUAUAUACAUCAUAAUCAUAACAGUCAGACUUUAGAUAACGAUAUUGCCCUGUUAAAACUCCACGGACAGGCGGAACUGAAGGAAGGGGUGUGCUUGGUGUGUUUGCCGGCGAGAGGAGUCAGCCAUGCUGCAGGGAAAAGGUGUACUGUUACGGGGUACGGUUACAUGGGAGAAGCUGGCCCGAUUCCGCUGAGGGUACGAGAGGCCGAAAUUCCCAUUGUGAGUGAUGCGGAAUGCAUCAGGAAGGUUAACGCCGUUACGGAGAAAAUAUUUAUUCUGCCAGCCAGCAGCUUCUGUGCAGGGGGAGAAGAAGGCAACGACGCCUGUCAGGGUGAUGGUGGAGGGCCGUUGGUGUGCCAGGACGACGGUUUUUACGAAUUGGCCGGUUUAGUAUCUUGGGGUUUUGGUUGUGGUCGUGUAGAUGUUCCCGGCGUAUAUGUAAAAGUUUCUUCAUUUAUUGGAUGGAUUAAUCAGAUAAUUAGUGUUAAUAAUCUUUAGUAGGUAUUAUACAAAUCAACCAAAAACAAAAUAUUUCACGCUGACUUAUUUAUUCUGUCUGAUUUUUUUAUUUUAAAUGUAAAUAUUUAUUAUACUUGACAAAAAGCAUAAAUUGUUACCAAAUAAGUACUAACUUAAUUAACUGUUGUUAGGAAAAAUAUAUCCAAUUUGAAAAAUAGAUAUAUUUGUAACAUAAAGACAAUAAAAGUUUUUUAUAGUU